CCGCAAGCACAAGAAAUUAUCUUUUUGUGGUGGAGAGAUUUGCAAUGACCAUGCAUUUAUUCCUCCAAAAAUAUCUGAAAACUGUAGAAAUCAAUCAGUUUGUAUUGAACUAAAACUUAAACAGGGAGUUUUUCCUCCAACUGAAAGUCAACUCACGUACUGUGCUUUCUGUUGUAAACAAGAACUUAAGUUGAAAGAUGGUAGUGCCUCAAAGAGAAGCAAAUAUUGUCCCCUGGAUGUGUUUUCUGGGUCCCUGGCAAGAAUAAAACAUGCAGUAAAGUCACUUCUCCAGACUCCUCAAAACAAUUUAAGGAUCUUUUGUGAUGGUAAUCUUGCUUAUGGUGAUGGAUAUUCAGUUGAGGAUUUACAGUUAGUUCUCUCUCAAUGGAUGCAUAGUACUCCUGGAUCAGAUCUUGUUGAAAGAUUUACCUGUUUGCUGGUACAAGCUUUGACCAUGCAAGUUGGACAUGAAUGUGAGGGAAGUACAAAUUCUUCUUGGUUGUAUAAUGGGGCUCCUCUCUUUGAUACAAGAAAAAGCGUACAUCAUGAUAAUCUCAAAGAGGAAUUUCCUAGAACCAACCAGAAACCUUGUAAUUUUGAAAAGCAAAAUUUACCUGAGGGCUGCAUUCUACAUCGAUUAGCUCAAGCACAAGCUUUAGACCAGUAUGGCGUUAAUCUUGUCUUUAAUAUGCUAAUGAGUGAUGAAGACCUUGUAAGGGCUACAGAGAAUGCAAGUGCCACCUAUGACACACAGUAUGUCCAUAGCAUUAUCAAGAGAGGAUGUAGUUAUGAGCUGAACCCGAUUGAAUCCUACCUUAUCUCUGCAACUGUAAGAGACUGCUCUGUACUCAUUUGCCUUCAAGAAUU